UUACAAAAUUUUUUUAAUAAAGUUAUAUAUAAAUAUCUCAAAACUACAAGAUGAACAAGUUAUUGAUCGCAUCCGUUGUUCUUGCUGCAGUGUUUGCAAAAGGCUUGGCAUUGAACUGCUACGUGUGUGGUGCUUGCAACACACCGACCAACGAAUUCACCUGUAAUUCUGGCAACACUACAGGAUUCGUCGACAAAUGUGUGAAGACAACUACAACUACAGCAGGAAUAUCCGUAAUCGGUAGAAGCUGUAUUUUCACAAGCUCGUCGCUCUCAACGACAGCAAAUGGAUGCACAUCAACGACUGUGUCUAGCAUAUCGACGGAAAUUUGUUACUGUGACACCGAUCUCUGCAAUGGAUCCAGGACCGUGAAAUUCAGCAUCGCCCUGACUGCCUUGAUUGUCGGAGUUGUUGCAAAACUUCUCGCUUAAUUAAAUGAUAUAAUAAAAUAAAUACUUUAAUUCUAAUUCUUUUUAUAUUGACAAUUUUUUUUCACACCAUAUCAAAAUUUUUACCCACUUAAACUCGUAAUUUGAAGUAACGUAAUCUGAUAUGGAAUAAUAACAAAGGAAUUUUUGAACGACAGCACUAAUAUAAAAUUCAGUAAAUUACUGGCAUCUAACAGUAUUAACUGUUGUCAAAUUAUACUUGUUUUAAUGCCAAUUUAUAGUUUAUAUCCUUCUGAUA